AUGACGACAAGCAUGAAUAAGCAUAUGUCGACCUGGCGUAGCCUUAGAAUACCUCCUGAAGAGUUGAGACUAGAUACUACUUUGAAAUGUGGUCAAGCUUUUCGGUGGAAAGUUUCGGGCGAAAAUUCGGAUAUAGAAUAUCAAUCUUAUUUCCCGAUAAAAAAAUCUUCCGAUGAAGUUAAUCAUGAAUUUGAACUAAUUGAUAAAUUUCUCAUGGACUAUUUUAAUUUAAGUCCAAUGAUUAAUUUACGUGAAUGUUAUGAUCGCUGGAGCAUGGCAGACAAACAUUUCGCAAAGAUAGCAUGUCAAUUUAAGGGUAUUAGAAUAUUACGACAGGAUCCUGUUGAAAACUUGUUCUGUUUCAUUUGCUCUACUAAUAAUAAUAUUAAUCGAAUCUCUCAAAUGAUUGAAAAGUUAUGUAGUAGAUAUGGUAAUUUGGUGUAUACUUUAAAUGGACAUGAAUAUUAUGACUUUCCCACUUUAGACAAACUUGUUUCAUCAAACGUUGAAUCUGAGCUCCGCCAGUUAGGUUUCGGUUAUAGGGCAAAAUAUAUUGCCCAAACGGCUAAAUAUUUGACGGAGAAUUAUUCCGAUGGAGAAAAAUGGUUAUAUUCUUUACGCAAUGUAGAUUAUAAAGAAGCACAUUCUUCUUUGUUAAAACUUUCUGGUGUGAGUGGGACCGAAGAAAUUGGUGACCAUUUUCGGAAUUUAUUUGGUGAUUUUAGUGGUUGGGCUCAUUCGGUCUUAUUCACCGCUGAUCUUAAAGCUUUUCAAGAUAGACCAUCCUCAUUUACCACAAUUGAUACCAAAAUUGAUACCACAAUUGAUAUCAAAAUUGAUACCACAAUUGAUGCCAAAUUAGAUGCCACAAUUGAUGCCAAGAUUGACUCAACUUUAUCUGAGAGUGAUAAAAUAAUUGUUUCUAAGAAAAAAUCUCGUUCUAAAAAUAUUCAAAAAGAAUCAAUACUCCCGAGUAACAAAAAGACUAGAAGGUUCUAA